UGAAGUAGAGGCAUGAUCAUUAUUUUAUUAUUUACGUAUAUGUUUACCUUUUACGAACCCCCCGCCCCCCACACUAUUAUCAUUAUUCCACUGACCCAUGUCCUGGAUUACAAGUACCCACUCUUAGAGAAACAAUGUCAUUGAAUAUAACUGAAGGGAAGUCAGUUCUGUUUGUCCUAUCACAGGUUUUCCUAUUCAGUGAAGGAUAUCGGAGCCUGCAGUUUUACUGUGAAGUGGUUAGAGACGGUGUGAUCAAACAUGUCACACAUCCGGUCUCUCCGGGUUGAUCAUCAAUAUUCCCGUGACUUGCGGUGUUUCUAACCCACUCCUAUACACAGAAGAAACCUACAGACCUUAAGAGUAAACUCUGGUUAUCUGUUCCAAAGGUUACUGCAAGUGUGUGUGUGUGUGUGAAAAAAACAAGAAUAAGCUGCUUUGUGUGCUCGUACAAGGACCGAAAAGAAAAAGAAUAUCAGAAAGAAAAAAGGCCCAGCUGACUGGGCUUUUCCAAAUAGUAUUAGAGUUUUUACUCAACCUAAUUUAAUUUGUUUAACCUAUUAUUACCUUCUGCAUAACAACCUAGUUUAAUGGGAUUAUCCUCAAUGGCUGUGGACCAGUUGGUAGAAAGGAAUUUUCAUCCGCAGCUGGUUAGGCAGCAUUCGACAUGAAACAAUAAUAUUUACUAUUCAUUGCGAUGGAUAUGGCAAUACAAGAACAGCACGGAAAAAACACAGGAAAUUCAACCUUAUCCACUUUAUCCGCUUUGAUUUGGCAAUCAAUGCCAUUUUGAGAAUUUGUUUGUUCCAAAAAGCUAGGCAUUCUGCACACGUAUCCUUCUACAAAAAGUAAAUUACUUGCAGCUGGGAUUGAAACACUUCUGUUCACCUGAUUCAUUGGGACAUAACAGAUGAUCUGUUUACCGGCUCUUCAUCCAUUCAAUUUCCGAGAAUUAAGUUUUGUAUACUGUGGAAUUGUACCAUUUUUAAUUAUCAUGGAUGGCACCCAUUUGGGUCAUAAGCUAAUAUGCUAAUUUCUUUUAACAAUCUUGAAGCAUUGGAAACAGUCCUGACCCUGAUCUUACAGACACACGCAUGAAGACAUGCAAAUGUUGAGUAAUAGGCUUUACUCUACCUUCUAAUGCAGAGAUUAGAGCAGAGCAGGUUAGGGAAACCUGGAGCUGCUCUCCAGGGAGGGACACACACACACACUCACACCCAAGAAGAGCUGCAGUGGCCAUUGUGUUUGUGGAAAGAAGCUGUGAUCGUGUGUGGGUGAGGGACGAGGGGACUUUGUCUCCCUGCUGCAAAGCGGCGAUCAGGCGCCAUAGAGAGAUGCAUCGGGAAAAGAAGGUGCACAAGCAUGCACGCAUGCUCACUGGCUGCUCUCAGGCGUAGUGAGGUAGAGCUCUGACUGUAGAUGGACAGUCCAGAUAGGUGGAUUUACUCCGGCUCACGAUCCACCUGUCCUCACUGUGGUAACUAUGGGGAAGGCUAUUCCACCGUGCGGAUCUCGACGGCCGAGAUGGAGUCGUACCAUCACUUCCUUAAAGUGUGUCAGCACGCUGAGACAGCCUCACAUGAGAUCAUGCAGCAGGAGAUCAGGCCCCUGCUUGCAGUGGACAUCAUCGAGCAGCUCCAUCGUCAGUUCGCCUUGCUCUCAGGAGGAAGAGGGAAAGAUGGUGCUCCUAUCAUCACCUUUCCAGAGUACUCAGGCUUCAGUGAUGUGCCUGAAGAAGACUUUCACAACGUCAUCACUUACCUGACCAGCAUUCCCAGUCUUGAUGCUGCAAGUAUUGGCUUCGUCAUCAUCAUUGACAGACGGAAAGACAAAUGGAGCACAGUGAAGGCUUCCCUAUCCAGAAUUUCUGGGGCGUUUCCAGGAAAUCUGCAGCUGGUUCUGGUGCUCAGGCCGUCUAGGUUUUUCCAAAGGACGAUUGCUGAUAUUGGCAUCAGGCUGCACAAAGAUGACUUUAAAAUGAAGAUUGUGAUGCUGAACUCUUUGUCAGACCUUCAUGGCUAUGUGGACAGAGGUCAACUGACCCUGGAGUUGGGAGGAAGUUUGGAGUAUUGUCACAGUCAGUGGAUCCACCACCGAACCGCCAUAGAGAGCUUCGCAGUCACAGUGAAGACCACGGCAGAGAUGUUACAGAAGUUUGGAACUGACCUGGCAGAGACAGAGUUACCUAACGAUGUCCAGUGCACCAAAGACCUUCUUACUGCACACAACAACAAACACAACAACCUCAAGGAUGAACUAAAGCUGGCACUUAAACAGGGCAACACCUUGUUGACUUGUAUCAGACAUCAGGCAGCGAAGUCUGAGAACCAACCACUGAACCCAGAUGAGAAAGAGAAUCAGACUACAGUAGAGAGGCUCUUGGCUCAACUGGAUGAAACAGACAAUGCCUUUGAACAGUUCUGGUGCAAACAUCAUCUGAGGCUGGAGCAGUGUCUGCAGCUACGUCACUUUGAACAGGACUUUAGAGAGGUCAAAGUGUCAUUGGACAGUCUGUCAGACAACCUUACCAGCUUGCCAGUCUUCGGGGAUUCUUUGGCCCGUGUCGAGCAUCUUCUGAAAGAACUAACAACACUGGCUGACAAAGCUCAGCCAACCGUAGAGAAGGCUCAGCUCCAUGCUCUACAUGGAGACCAACUGAUUCAGAGCAACCACUACGCCGUCGACUCCAUUCGACCCAAAUGCGUGGAGCUGCGGCGAGUCUGUGAUGACUUUACUAAUGAAGUGAAGAGAAAGAAGGAUGUCCUAUCCAAGUCUCAAGAAAUACACAAUGGCAUUGAGAAGGUAAACCAGUGGUGUGAGUCAGGAAUCUACCUACUGGCCUCUCAGGCCGUGGAUAAAUGUCAGUCACAGGACGGGGCAGAGUCGGCGCUCACUGACCUUGAACAGUUUAUGGAUUCAGCACCAAAGAACCAGCUCACUGAAUUAAGGAACCUCCACAAUCAGUACGAGGUGGUUCUCUCUGAGGAUUUGAAGGCAGGUGUCAUGAAGGCCCUGAGUCGUCUUGAAGAUGUGCAGGAGAUGUUUGAGAAGCGACUGGUGAGCCUGAAGAGACUUUCAGCGAAACAGACCAGACCUGUUCAGCCUGUGGCACCGCGUCCCGAGUCUUCUCCUAAAUGUCCACCAGUGAGGAACACCACCAGGACAACAGGAAGCCACCAGCCGGCAACACGCAGAUUGUCUGAUAACUCCACCUCUGGGAAGCAGACUGUUGACAAUGAUCCUAACAAGAAGAAAAUUAUACGCAAGGCCAAGGGUGAAAUCAAGAUAGAGGUCAUGCAUGAAGAAAGUCAAGGAGGCUCCACCCACGUUGUCCUGACCAAUGAGACAGAGGAAAGCUUGUCCAACAGACGAAGACUCAUCAUGACGGAGCUGAUCGAGACAGAGAGACUGUAUGUGGAGGAGCUUCAGAGCAUCAUUGAGGGUUAUAUUGCAGAGUUUGAUAACUCCGAGCUCAGCCAUCUUACGCCGCCCUCGCUGGACAAUAAAAGAGAGGUUCUGUUUGGUAACCUGCCAGAGAUUUAUGAUUUCCACAACAGGACAUUCCUAAGGGAGCUUGAGAACUGCAUGGAAAAACCUGAGAUGGUGGGAACCUGCUUCCUGAAGAGGAAAGAGGAACUGCAGGUGUAUCAGAAGUACUGUCAGAAUAAGCCUCGCUCUGAAGUUCUCUGGAGACAGUGCGGAGACAGCCUCUUUUUUCAGGAAUGUCAGAAGAAGCUGGACCACAAACUGUCUCUGGAUGCCUACCUUCUAAAACCUGUGCAGAGGAUCACCAAGUACCAACUAAUGCUUAAGGAAAUGUUGAAAUGCAGCAAGAACGAAGGCACUGCAGAGUUGGAGGAAGCUCUAGCUACGAUGUUAGACAUAAUCAAAUCGGUCAAUGACUCCAUGCAUCAGAUAGCCAUCACCGGCUUUGAGGGAAACAUAAACGAGCUCGGAAAGCUGCUGAUGCAGGGUUCCUUUAAUGUGUGGACUGACCACAAAAAAGGACACAGCAAGGUAAAGGAUCUGGCCAGGUUCAAACCGAUGCAGAGACACCUGUUCCUGUACGAGAAGAUGCUCUUGUUCUGUAAGAGGCGUGAGGAGACGACAGAUGGACAUGAGAAGACACCGUCCUACAGCUUCAAACACUCAGUCAAGAUGAGUGAUGUGGGAAUCACAGAAAAUGUCAAAGGAGACAGCAAGAAGUUUGAAGUGUGGUGCAACGGCAGAGAGGUGGUUUAUAUUAUUCAGGCUCCAUCCAUGGAUGUGAAAAAUAUGUGGGUGUCACAGAUUCGUAAAGUACUCACAGGACAGCUGGAGGCAUGCAGAGAGGCCAGUCAACUCAACAUCUACGGAGCCCCCAUGAGGACCGUUCGCAAGCUAAUGCUGAGACAGUCUGAUUCUUCAAGUCCAGAGUUUGGAUUCAGGAGGACGAACCCAAGCCCAAACAUGAGACAGAAGAGAGCUGAUGCUUCCUCCAGCCAAUCAGGAAACUUAUCUACUAACGCUAGGAAACGCUUCACAUUGCAGAGACUUUCCAACACGAGGUCUCUUCCUUCAGAUCCUGCUGCUAAGGAGGCGGAGGUCCCCCGCCGCUUCUCCCUUACCUCCUCUCUUGCCUCCUCUGCUUCUUCCUCCUUUGCAACGCGUCGCACAAAAGGUCCCCUUUCUUCUACUGCGAAAAGCAAGAGGCAUGAAAUAAAGAGUGACCCCACUCCAUUUGGUUAUGAAGAUACUUUGCGUGGCGCCAUGGCUGCAGUAGGGAAACGUCAGAGCAUGACAGUCAGCUCUACCGCUGCCGCUGCUGCUGGUUCUGCAGCUGUCCCUAGAUCCACAUCCCAACCAGGCUGGACACAGAGACGUCUCCCCUCCAUGGACACAGAGGACUUUGAGACGAUUCCAUCCAGCGGAGAGGAAUCCUCUAACUCUUCAGAGGAGGAAGGCAACAACCAAAACGGUGACUCCAAUCGUUUCCAAGUGCAGCUCACAUAUGAGACAAAAGAAGCGCAGGACAAGAAUCUUGAGGCCAGUGACAUGAUGCAGUUCCUGAAGGAAGCAGAAAAUAAACAGUGACGUCCUCAGUGAUCUGUGCACAGCGCCCCUCUAUGCCUUGUAUGAGAUGCAGCCAGUAUGUGCAGUAAGUGUCCAUCAGGACAAGGAAUACAUCACAGACAUGACUCGUGGCCCUAACUGAAUCUUUUGCAAGUGGAAUUUUUUUAAGCUGGACUUAAAAUGUUUUGUUAUUUAUAGAUGGACCUUUGCAUGUCCUUUGUUUUUUAAACUCAACACUGAAUCUGCAAAGUUGGAGCCUGCUGACAUCCUAAUCUAACUCGUACCGCCCGUCUUCUCAUGGGACUGAAGAGUGAUCAGAGUGUGCUGGUGUUUAUCUUGAAAGAAGAGAAAAAAAAAGAAAGAAAAAAAAAGUGGCAUAAAAAUAUAUUUGUUAAACCCAUUAUUAAACCGGGUGCAAACACCUCACCUCCGUGCAUGGAAACAACACAUGCUUUUCAGGUUUCCGCUGCAUUACGUGCCGCAGCUGCUUCACGUCCCUACCACAAAGAUAUUACAAUUCCAUUUCUGAAUGAGAGACUUUUAUUGGUCUCACCACCUGCUAGUAGAUGGCUAUGAUUUCAUUAUGUUUGGAUCCUGUGUGUCGAGACUUCUGUCUUAUAGACUUCUGUCUAUAAACUACUAUUAGAAUCUACUGUAAAUAAUACGCAUCAAGACUAAAACAAUCCCAACAGAAAUGUUCUAAAAAUUAUACUGUUCAUUUUUUUUAUGUACAGAUAAUCUGUAUAAAGACUCCAUGUAAAUAGAAUAUAUUGUUUAAUUACUGUCUUCAGUUUGGCCAGUCGUCUUUCCUACAGGUGCAAGGUAAAGCACAAGAUUUGGUUAACAUAAUACACCAGCUUUGACUUUUUAUUAGGGAUGUCCGAUAUUAACCUUUUUCCGAAAUCCGAUGUCUAAUUUCGGAUUCCGAUACCGAUAUAUCCGGGCAGUGGUGGCCUGGCUGCAGGACAACACCCCUCGGCCCGAAUUGAAAUACUAUUAAGGGACUGGUAAUAUCUAUUUGUUUAUCUGUACAAACAAAUAUAUUGAGUUGCUGGCACGUACAAUACAACUGCAUGCAGUCCCCUGAUUGUUAAAAUAGAAUGAGCUGCAAUGCUGCCAUCUAGUGACUUUCACUUUCAUAUACAGCCGUUUUUCUCCUAAACUAUUUUUAGGGUGCACAUCAUUUGGCAAAGUUUCCGGAUAACGGUUUUUAUAGAUAUCACAUAAUUAUGCUAAUAUUGGGCCGAAGAUAUUGGUUGGCUUAUAUUAUCGGACAUCCCUACUUUUUAACUGUCUGAAUUCACUCGCUAAUAGCAUGACAUGCAAGUCAAAAAUCUGCUGAUUGACAAUGUAUUUCAACCACAAUGUACUGUAAUUGUCAACAGGGUUUUUUUUUUUCUUUUUCAUUGAAGUUUAGUUGCACUGCUGUUUAGCUGUAUGUUUUCAUUGCUUUUUCUAUUAAAACUGUAAAAACAAUUUUACUUGA